AUAUAUAUAGAUUGGUCUUUUCAGAUCAUGGCUGAAGGUGGUAAAGUUUCGAAAAAACAGUGGACCACUGAAGAAAUUAGUACCUGUAUAGAUGCCUUCAGGGAACACAAAAAUUUGUGGGACCCAAAGGAUGUUAACUAUAAAAAUAGAAUUAAAAAAAUGGAUUCAUACAAGGAAAUUGCCCAAUUGUUUGACACCAACUCGAUGGAAAUUGAGAGAAAAAUAAAAAACAUAAUUUCACAAUAUCAACGUGAAAGAAGGAAUUAUAAAAAAAUAAAAACAUCUGGCGCUGGUCAGUGUUUUAGGCCCAAGUGGUUUGGUUAUAACGCAAUGAGUUUUAUGCAUGACAGAAAUAAACCUAGAAAAGGCGGAAGUGAAUCUUCAGAUGAAGAAAUUCAACCAGAGACCCAAAAUUCUUCUGACAUCCCAAGUGACAUUGAAGGUGAAAGUGAAGAAAAACUUAACUCCGCUAUACCAACGCAAAUUAGAACGCUUUCAGUGCAAAAGGCUUCAAGCUCAAACAAACCAAAAAUUGUGCAAAGUGAAAAUCAGUUUACAACACCAAAAGUAAAAACCAAAAAGAAAAAGAAUACAAAUAUGGAGCAGGACGGAGAAAGCAAAGAAGUAUUUCAUAAUAUGAUGAAAUCAAUAUAUGAGAAAAGAGAGCGUGAUGAAUAUGAUGUUUUUGGAGAGAUGGUAGCUCAUAAUAUUAGAAGCUUAAGAUCGGAAUACUUAAAGAUUACCGUGCAACAGCAGAUUUCAAAUGUAUUGUUUGAUGCUCGCAAAUGCCAUCUUCCACAAAGCAAUUCACAAUCUUUUACACCAGUGCCUUCACCUUCCCCAACCUUAUCUGACAACACAGCAAACGGAAAAUAGGAUGACUCCGCGUUUAAAUACUAAAUCUUAAAGUUUUAUCAGAACUGUAUUGAAUCGUGCUUUGUUUUUAUAUUUUUUGGUUCUAUACCUAUGCACGACUAUAUUUAAAGUCAAACUCAAUGGUGUCUUACAAGAUAUAUUGUUUUGAUUUUCUAUAUUCAACAGAGAGGUAGAAACUCGACCCUGUCGAAUGGUGCAGUCAUUUAUGUCUCUAGAAAUUAUUAAAAAAGGGUUCAGUCCAAUGGUGCAGCAACUUCGGAUUCCUAUUCUCUUCAGAGACAUAGAAACUCAAGCUUUUCGAAUUUUACUGGCAAUGAUUUUCGUUAAUGUCCCCGAGAAUUAUACAAAAACAGCGCAAUGCAAUAUCGCAACGGUUUCGACUUCUCUUUACUCUACCAAGUUAUAGAAAGUGGAGUCUCUCUAAUACUGUUCUAGUCAAUAUUUCUGAGAGUAUAAAAAGAGGGUGUAAUAUUGCAAGAAGUUUUGAUCUUUUGUUGGAUGCAAGUAGUUUGAAUUUUCUCAUUUCUG